CGCUCGGGUGACGUCAGCGACCCGGUCCCCGCCGCCGCCGCUGCAUCCUCGGUGCCUGCCAGGAGCCGGCGUCCCCCCGAGUCCCUCGCUCCCGGCACGGCCAUGGCUUCGGUCGCGCUGAUGCCGCCGCUGCUGCUGCUGCUGCUGCAGCCUCCACCUGCCACCCCUGCGCCGCCCGCCCGCGACCCCUUCGCCCCGCAACUCGGGGAUACGCAGAGCUGCCAGCUGCGGUGCCGCGACCGCUAUCCUGGUCCGCAGCUCUCGCAGGCAGAGCUUGAGGAGGAGGACCCUUCUGAGUCCCCCUAUGAGUAUGACAGGGCUGUCCUGAUCAGUGCUUGUGAGCGCGGCUGCCGCCUCUUCUCCAUCUGCCGAUUUGUGGCAAGGAGCUCCAAGCCUAACGCCACCCAGACUGAGUGUGAAGCAGCCUGUGUGGAGGCCUACGUGAAGGAAACGGAGCAGCAGGCCUGCAGCGAGGGCUGCUGGAGCCAGAACCCGGAGCCGGAGCCUGAACCCGAGCCAGAGCAGAAGAGAAAGGUCCUGGAAGCUCCAAGCGGGGCCCUUUCACUCCUGGACUUGUUUUCAACCCUCUGCAAUGACCUUGUCAACUCGGCCCAGGGCUUUGUCUCCUCCACCUGGACGUACUACCUGCAGACUGACAACGGGAAGGUUGUGGUGUUCCAGACCCAGCCCGUGGUAGAGAGCCUGGGGCAUGAGGGGGCCCGUCUGCAGCGAGUAGAGGUGACCUGGCGGGGAUCCCACCCUGAGGCCUUGGAGGUGCAUGUAGACCCUGUAGGCCCAUUGGACAAGGUAAGGAAGGCCAAGAUCCGAGUCAAGACCAGCAGUAAGGCCAAGGUGGAAUCCGAUGAGCUGCAGGACAACGACUUCCUCAGUUGCAUGUCCCGGCGCUCGGGGCUCCCUCGCUGGAUCCUGGCCUGCUGCCUCUUCCUUUCUGUGCUGGUGAUGCUGUGGCUGAGCUGCUCCACCCUGGUGACCGCACCUGGCCAGCACCUCAAGUUCCAGCCCCUGACCCUGGAGCAGCACAAGGGCUUCAUGGUAGAGCCAGACUGGCCCCUGUAUCCUCCCCCGUCGCAUGCUUUUGGGGACAGCCCCCCACCCUACAAGCUGAAGUUGGACCUGACCAAGCUGUAGGUCACAAUCUGCCCAUGCAUCGCCCAGUGCAGGGGCUCCUCGGGCCUCCCUUGCCCUGUGCCCAGGAGUCCAUGUCAGGGUGGGACCAUCCUAGGGCUCCUCCAUCCUUGAUCCUUCUUCUUUCCGCAGUCCCGCCUCUUGCC